GGUGAGGCCGGACCUGCUGGACCCCGCGGAAAGCAAGGCAUUCAGGGCGAAAAGGGAAACCCGGGUCCACAGGGUCCAGAUGGACCUCAGGGCGCUCGAGGUCCACGCGGCAAAACUGGUGAACCCGGAUCUGACGGCGCUGAGGGUGCCCCAGGCAAAGACGCUGCGGACGGUCCUGAGGGUCCUCGCGGCCGCCAGGGUCCUGCCGGUGAGCGCGGUGAACCAGGCGUUCAAGGUCCCGAGGGUGUUGCUGGUACUCGGGGUGCAAAAGGCGAGAUCGGACCAAUGGGUCAGAUCGGUGAAGUCGGCGCUCCUGUAAGCAGUCCUUUUUAAUCUGAAAUUAGGUGUUUAACUAAUGCCUUACUCCACCUGGGCUCUAUUGCAUUGUCGGUGACCUUAUAAGCAUAUAUAUAUACAAUUUUGAUUUUAGGGUCUUCCUGGUCUCCCUGGUGACAAGGGUGCACCUGGUGCUAGAGGAUAUAAGGGCGAGCGUGGACGCCAGGGUAUGCGCGGUCCCUCUGGGAAGCACGGUGCCCCUGGACCUCGGGGCCCGUCAGGUGUGGCCGGACCAGCUGGUUUCCUGCGUAUCGUCGGAAGGUCAGUCGGAGCGGUCGGUAUUCCCGGUGAGCCAGGUGAGCCUGGUCCGGAUGGAGCUGAUGGCAAACCCGGCAUGCAGGGUGUGACAGGUCCGCCCGGCCCUGCAGGCCCAGCAGGAAACGCAGGAAAACGUGGUCCACAGGGCAAAAAAGGUGCUCCCGGAAAUCCCGGUCGUGAUGGUUUUCCCGGACCUGCUGGUGUUAUGGGAUCCCAAGGUCACGCUGGAGGUCCUGGUCCUGCUGGCAACCAGGGUGUCAGCGGCAAGCCUGGGAUUCGUGGUCCCAAUGGAUUAGACGGUCUGCCAGGACCCCGUGGCUUGACUGGCCUCAGUGGCAAGCCCGGACAAACAGGCAAAGCUGGCCCUGCCGGUGAAAAGGGCCAACCUGGCCCUGUUGGACCGCCUGGCCGCGUUGGUCAACCAGGCAAAGAGGGUGCUAUGGGUGAGGCCGGACCCGUUGGCGAGGCUGGACCAGAAGGCGAAAAGGGUGCAGCUGGCGGUAUUGGACGCGACGGCCCGGUCGGACCAAUGGUAAUCAGACCAGCAGUUUAUUAGUCCUUUGUUUUUUUCAGCUCGUUUUUUAAGGCGACAUUAACUUUACAUACCGUCUUUCCUGACUAGUAGAUACGACUGGCAUAUUAAGGUGGCACAUAUGCUUCAAAUAACAUUACGCUUUUCAGAAACUUUCCAUCCAAAUUACAGGGCAUGCGUGGCCAGGGCGGUGCCCCCGGAGCACAAGGUCCUCCCGGUCCUGAAGGUCCACCCGGCCCACAGGGUCCACAGGGUCCUACCGGUGAUCAGGGACCAAAGGGACCCGCAGGACCGCAAGGUCGUAAAGGCCCACCUGGUGAAGAGGGACCAGAAGGUGCCGUCGGAGCUGAUGGUGAAGCUGGACCCCCUGGUGAAGCAGGUGAACAAGGUGACACUGGUCUGCCCGGCUUCCGCGGACCGCGAGGUAAUCCAGGUGUCCCUGGGCCAAUCGGUGAGCAGGGACCACCAGGACAACAGGGACGGCAGGGAGCUGUUGGUGAUCGUGGACGUGCCGGUGCUCAAGGUGCCCCAGGAAAGCCGGGCGAACAGGGCGAGCCAGGUGACCCUGGACCAGACGGCAAGGACGGUGAACCUGGUCCUGUUGGUCGACCUGGACCUCAGGGUCAUCCAGGCUGGACUGGGCCUCCUGGCAUGCCUGGUGAGCAGGGUGAUGAUGGUCCUCGAGGCCCUCCUGGUGAGGCUGGUCAGCCCGGAAACCCUGGUCCAGCUGGCGAGGCCGGUCUUAUGGGUGAACGUGGUCCCCAAGGACCAAAAGGUCCACGGGGCGAUCCAGGACAACCCGGCCCACAGGGCCCAACUGGUCGGGAUGGUCCACGUGGUCCUCCCGGCCCCAUCGGUCCACCUGGACCGCCUGGUCCACCCGGUCCACCGGCCGUGAAAAUGCCCAUGAUGACCUCACCAACUAAGGGCAAUAUUUUCAUGUCUGAUGCUGCUGCAGUUGCCCAAAUCUUCGGCACUGAAACUGUGUCAGAACCUAAUGGAACUCGCAGUGUUCCCGCAUUAACUUGCAAGCAACUUGCUGAGGCGCAACCACACCUCCCAAGUGGUAAGUUCUCUGAGAAACCGGCCUACUUUCAAAGCUCUCUAGCUAUUUGAGCAGGCCGAUUCCCUUCACCUUGAAUUUAAACUAUACGCCGAAUUUUACAGGGGAGUACUGGAUCGAUCCAAAUGGUGGCUCGCCUGAAGACGCAAUCCUUGUUUACUGCGACAUGCGCACAAAGGAGACUUGUAUAAAAGGAAAGAAGACGGAUUACAAGGCGUCUGGAGGAAAUUUGCCUGGUUACACUUGGCUCGGGGAAGUUGACGACUUUGACCAGGUUCGUCUUUUAUUGCACACUUAUCACACUUUCUCUCCACGAGUUUGUGGUUAAAGCGUCUUGAAUACUUACGGGAAACAGACCAAAUAAAAAUGUUGGGCAUGGACGCAGUAUGCGAGCGUCAUAUGAGACUAUGCCUACAAAGCCAAAAGUAGUUAUGUAGGUUCGAGGAAGAUUCGACAAGCAUUACGGGACGCGUUGAGUAGGCCUCCGAAUAGAUGAAUUGUGAAUGCGCACGUUGGACGGGGGACGUAGAUCGAUCUGAAGAAAACUAUUUCCAGUCACCGCGGUAGACUGAUUUUUAUCUCGUGGCUGUUGAGUUUUAAGCGCGCGCUUCGUUGGGAAAAAACACUUUACUAAGCUCUAUGUGAAAGAAGACGGGAAUUGAACAAGGAAAGAGUAAUAUAAAUAGGAUAAGGAGAGAAAAGGGAUCUCGUCCGCUGUCCGCGGAAGUCAAACAAAAGUUCCAGGAAGGAACAACUUUGAUAAUGAUUCUAUUCACAACUUCCCAAGCCGAUAUAGCCAGGAUGCCGUACCUAGGGUAGAAACAUGGAAUCUUUGCGCAUGCGUUCGCCGGGCAUGCUCAUGUGCGUGUAUGAUGUUCAAGAGCAUUUUGAAAUGCGGUUAUCUGCUGAUCGCGUGUACGAAUAUUCCGGGAGGUUUAUUUUGUCCCUAGGGACUUUACAGCGUCUUCUUAGCAUGCUCCAGCUAAAUCCGCCGAUGUCUUGGGUAAUCUUAUCAAUAGAAAUGUUGUAGGGGAGUGGCGUUCAGUGAGCUGCUCUGCCUGCAAGACGGACUAUGAACGUCCGAUUCGUCGCACAACUACACGCAGUCAAUAAUCUAGAAAAUAUAUCUACAUAAUAGGCGUUUUUAAGGCAAGAACAGGUCCUAAGUGCUCCGACUCCUGAUUAAUCGUGUUCGCAAACCGGUAAUGGGAAUCAAUGCUUGGGGAAUAUAUAUCUUAAUGUAUCUUACCCUCAAAUCCCCCUGUGCAAGAUGAACUGUAUCAAAAAUGCCCGCAUGCUGCGUUCACGACUGCUUUAACUAUUUUGCUUCUUUCGGACUAUGAAAGAACAUGAGGAAAUGGUUUUUCACCGAUCCGACAGAAGGAAAGGAAAUGUUGGUUCCGAUUUGCUGUGAAAGUGCACUCUAGAGACCUGGAGACCGCAGCUUACUGACAAACCGCGUGGGUAGAAGAGAUACUGUAGAGAGUACGAUAAGGCUGAAUGAUUAUUUCUGAUUUAUUAACCGCGAUCGGCCAUUCGUACUUAAACUCCAAGUCCAAAUAGUAUUCGCUCCGGAUCCAAAUUGGUUGAUUAAGUGAUAUUAAGUUAAACGCUCUACCACUGGUCCAAGGGCCCACCAUGAAGAAAUCUCUGGCUGACGAAGGCCGAUAAAACAGAAUGGUUCCUCCAGUUUUCCUCGUUCCUGUCGAAAUUUAUCCCAUAUGAGAGGGCACCCAACUGAGCAAUACAAGUGAUCGUACUCUGCAGUGCGCAGAAUUCGUAGUGCUGUUCCUCUGAGGUCCACAGUGUUAUUUAUGCAAAACAGAAGGUAGUUGUAAACAGGACGUGUACUGAGUACGAGCCACAGCACAGGUGGGAAACCUUGUAAAAACGGCUAGUAUAUGGCAGAGGGAAAGGUCAUAGGCUGAAGGGUUGUCAAUCAGCACCAAGGUUGUCUGGACGAGGGUACACGACCUUGGGUGCGCAUGUGGCGGGAUGCCUACACAGUCCGGUCAGCGCACUCUGCAUUGCAGCACUUAUUUCACAAAGACAAGUGAUUUGCGAAAGCAGUUUGUUUUAUCAUCUUUACGCCUGAGCAGCUACGCCGUCCCGUGGGGAACGGCAGACGGUCAGAUACCGGACAACUCUCUUUAUAAAACUACCUUUAUGUAACUUUACAAAAUGCAACAAUCUUCUUUGCAGUUCGCUUACGAAGUUGAGGGCACACAGCUGGCCAUGUUGAAACUGCGCAGUCCCGUGGGCAGGCAAACUCUCAGUGUGCCCUGCGACGAGGCAUCGGCGGAGUCCAUCGAAAUGCUGAAACUGCAUGCUGACAACGAGGUCGAAUUGAGCGCGGCUGAUGUUCAUGCCAAAUUCACCGUUGUUCGUAACAACUGCAAGGUACGUGCAAAACCCACCAACCCACAACUACCAGGGCCAAGAGCUAGAGACUGGUUUGUCUUGCUGCUGUUGAAGGUAGUGGCUGUACCUAAGGGAGCUACGCUCGUCAAGUUAAGCAUCGAUUAGCAAGAUACCGCCGAAUUCACCAGCAGGAAGGGUCUAUUGUGACCGCCCACCAGAUUUCCUUUUAUUCGCAAGGCGCGCCUACCGAAAAAAUCUGAGUAGGCGCGUGUUGUAAAUAAAGUUUCAUUUGGCGGGUGGCCAUACAGGUUGGCCUUUUCCACGCGCUUUGUGAUGCCUAGUGUCCCACCCAUACAAUCCCCAUACCAAUGGUUUGGCAAUAGUAGGUUGUAUAGCCCCACCUCACAAAAACUAACCCUAGUCCCGUGCAAUGCUGGAGUAGUGGUAAUGAGGGUUUCCGGGUGUGGCAUCACCGUGGAGGGGAAACGAAACGAAUACAAUAAAGCAUAAAAAUAAGUCGAUUUCCGUUGAGAUUCGUUCUCUAUGCUUGUAUAUAACAACGGGGUUGAGCGCGUUACUUGAAAAACAAAUAAAAAGUGACUCCUAAUAAACGAGAGUAUAUGAAUAAACCGUCACUCGCAAAUCUGAAGUAGGUAAAGAACCAAUAGAACGAACAACCAAAAGGAAAGAGGAACAGUAGAUGCCAAAUAGUGCAAGUACGAAAAUUUGCUGCAAGGUAACGUGACACAUAUCAAUGUCAAAAGAGCUAUGAGAAUACACCCUACUGAACGAGAACAAAGUCAACUUAAGUACGAUCGCAUGUUUCUAUCUGCACAGUAAGGAGACUUAGUAAUGAAGGCAAUUUAACGACAAUUUGCAAGUAAUUUUUUCUACAUAAACUCGACUAAAUGUAACUCUCUUAUUAUUGUUUAUGCGAGGGAUUAUGCGCAAGUGUUCUUAAAGAAAUAAAUUAUUCAGGCAUAUGAGUUCGACAACAGAAACUGUUCGGAGAUAUCGAGGAAGCCGAGCGUUUGUGUUCAAACCGAGGCAGAGUAAACCAACAUGCAGCUGGCGAUUCUUACAGCACGCGUUGUAUGGUGAGAACUGACAUGGCACAAAAAGGUCUGACUACUUUUUUGAAAGAAAUAAGUCAGUCACGGCGUACGGAAUCGAGAACGAAAGACAAUGCGAGUAUAUUGGGUUAAGUAGGGAAUCAAGGUAGGAUAAAAGGGAUUGCAGAGGGAGGAACCGAAAGCAGCAUGUUAGAUAAUUUACCGUUAAAAAGGUUAUAUUGAAGCAACUCGGUACAUACACUUUCAUCAAAGUGGUAGAUAACACCCAAAGGGAUACUUCCUGUAGUUAUGGAUUAAUAAACUAGGCAAGACCAGCUAAAACAAAUACAGUAGUUACUUAUACAUACUAAACCCAGCGGAGUUAUACAACCUAUGCUUAGCAUAGGUCUGUAGUAGCAAAUCCAAGUGUUGUCCAAUCGGUGUGUGUGUUGCAUUGCCCAGGAGGCAGUGUAUCUAAUUGCGUGCGCGACAAUGGCCGAGAAGAGUGGACGAAUUCAAGCGAGAGCACGGACGGCCACGACUGUCGGGAAGCACAUGUGUCCGAUCUGAAGUCGGUCGGGUGGUCGCAGGUCACGCGCCUGGGAGUAAGUGAGGUCGCUUUGCAGUAGGAGCCUUUGAAAUAGAAUUAAAUGACCUCGGGAUGUUCGAGGCCGAGGCAAAUAAGGUGAGCGGUCAAAUAAGACCCCCAGGUAGUUGAGUAGGGUCGUUACACUCAACGCUGCAAAACCAUCUUUUACUUUCGGUAGGGUUGACUUAUAUGGCUCCCUAAACAGAAUAUGAGAACAGGAACCGCCUGCGAUGCGGGUGGCUAUAAGCCAUCUCACAGUGAAAUCAGGGCUAGGGUUAGGUUACGGAUUAGAUUUAAAGCUAUAUUUAGAGUUAGCGGCAAGUCAGACUCAAGCUUAGGGUUAAGGUGCGGGCUAGUGUCAGAGUUAAGGUUAGGAUCCAGAUUAGGGCGACGGUUUAGUUGUAUAUCAGGAUUAUUGUUGGGGCUAGGACGCGGGAAUAUUCUGCCUUUUCCAGAAUUAUGUGCAGGUCCACCUUUACUACUUGGACGGGGCUCACCUAUUCCCAUGCCCUGUUUAGGGGCCACAUAAGUUAUUCCUAGCCUACUUUCUUCUUCGUAAUAUUCUGUUAGAUUGGGGAAACUUCUAGCUGGUUUGAUUAUAAGCUAUCUCUCAGCCAGCCGAGGACAUUGAAUGUCGAAUUAACAUUCGUUUCUAGGCAGCUGUUAAACUGGUCAAAAAUUUUUGCCACCCCCCCCCCCUCCCCCACCGGAAUCCCCAUCAAACAAGAAAAGUAUAUCUGAAAUGUAAUCGGGAUGGAGAAACUAGAGAAGUAACCUCUUUAUACGUCCUUUUGUAGAAUGAAGCUAAGGAGGCGCAGAUUGACGUCAGCGGCGUCGCAAUGCGCCUACCUAUCCGUGAUGUCGCCUUCGUUGAUGCUGGCGCAAGCAUUGGCGUCAAACUGGGACAGGCCUGUUUUCAGUAAGCACCCCAAAGGAGUGCAUGGACUCAGGAGCCUGAAAGCAACACAAAUCUAACCAACCCCCCUAUGAACAUAAGGACAGCUGGAAUUUUUACAUAACUACCCCUUAUUCCCGCCCCCUACUUCCCUCCCACACCCGGAGAAUUCUAGACCCUUUUUGUUUUUGUGCCCCCUUUCUUGCACAAGUCUCUGUCUUUUUCCUCCUCUCACCCUCACACCGACUAUCGUGAGCGAAUCCGCUUGCCUCUCGUGAGGUUGGUGAUCUAUUUUCCAGACACAAACGGAGGUUGGAUGUGCCGACUGAUGCGAUCCCACUCUGACCGAAGCAUUAAUAAAGAGGUCGUGAUGAUGAUAGAUUCCAUGCUUUUUUCCACUCUUUGGAUUUUGCUGGGCUCCAGGUCUCUUUAGCUAGUUCUGCUUUAGAUAUACAAAUUUUAAAAGAUGAGUUGAUAAAAAGUAGCGUGAUGUUAAAAAGGAACUAGGGCCGAUUUUCUGAGUGAUGAAAACCUUGUCGACGUCCAGUCGGCACCACCACCACCACCAGCACCACCACCACCACCACCACCACCACCAACACCACCACCACCAUCGUCAUCGUCGUCGUCGUCGUCGUUCGUAAGGACAAUCGUUGAGCGCCCCGCUACCGUUACAUAUAUAUAGCAGCGAAGAGGGACGAUAGAGAAUGCGGGUAGAUUGAUGCAGUACUGUUUCGGGCUUAUUCUGCCUUCAUUCAGCCAAUCAUAACCCUGACCAGCAGCUGGGACCAUAAACACAAACAUGCGCACAGACGCACCUGGCAAAGGUGGUCCACCACUGGGGUCUACCAGAUGGGUCAUAAGCACUUCCUCGAACCGAAGUUCAUCAGUGCCUCGCCACCUGUCACUCUGUGUCCCUACAGAUGGGGUAUUUAUUCAAUCAGGAGUGGGCGCACACCGAUCUUUGGCUUCACGAAGCAAACAAGCUCCGUAUGGGUGGCAAAAGUCACGAACAGGCAACCAAUUACCACGCUGAAGUCAGUCAAGUCAUAAUAACAGCGUGGAGAGACGCCAGUGAAUGCGGGUUGAUUGAUAAAGUACUGUUUCGGGCUAAUUCUGUCUUCAUUCAGCCAAGCAUAACCCUGACCAGCUGGUCCUAUUUCGGAAGAUCUGCGAUCUAACUCCAAUUUUGGUGAGACACCAUACCGAAUGUCCUGUCAGUUGAGUUAAGGCGGUAUAGGCAAUUUCCGAAUGACCUCAAGUGUCUCCAAUCGCAGAUGACAGAGGGGAACCGUGACUCGAAUGGUAGAACAUUGAACACCUGGGACCGGCUUAAACUCUCGGAUGUUCUGGGCCUUGGACAGGAGAUGACUGACGAUCCUAAAUAAAACAGAGGCGGCUACUCCGGACGGUUGUUCUUUGUAUGCAAAACUUGAUGUUAAAUAUCGUGUAACAGAUAAUGCGGCAGCGACAUGUCUAUUCUCGCUGUUCGUCAUUAAUCCUGCUGUCAUAUCUACACUUACUUCCCUUGUUUAAGAAUCCUUCGCUUUCUCAAGUCUCCGGUUUGCAACCGACCCAUUUACACUUUUGGAAAUCAAGCACAACUCUCGGUUUUGACAGACAGAUGGGUCAUAGAAAUAGAGGGGGAGCAGUACUUCAUAUUGACAACUUUUAUCUACUAGGGAUUGUGUAACUGUGAAUUUUUUGUCCUCUUGUCAGACAGCAUUUCAGCGUCAUAGACAAGUGAGAAUAAGAUGGUUAUUUAGGUUAUAGCAACCAUACUCAAACGGCUACAAGCAGAUUAGUAAGCCCUCCUCCUGACGUAAUUUUCCCGAGGUUUUGGUCACAAACUCCGCUAAUCGAAAACUUCUACUGAUGAAUACAACGAAGGUUAGAAUACACCCUUGUGGCUCAUGUGCUCUCGUCAGACUGUUGUGCAGCAGGCCCGAGUUCAAAGCUAAACGGAAGAUUCGUACUCCGUCCUGCAAGCAGAUCAGAUCACUGAAUGUCACUCCGCCGAGGAUGCGCUAAGUCGGACCCUGGCUUCCCAGAUAAUAGCAUUAAGUAAGAAUUUUUUUAGCCUCCGCAAAAACAAACCCUAAGCCGAGGUCAUGCAGGCAAUCGAGGGCAUAUAACGAGAUCUAUAUCAACGGCACUCUCGAACCGGGCAACCAGAGUCUACCAAAUGAAAACAAACAGGCGGUUGGACACGGAAAUAUUGGUCAUUUUACCACCUAAAGUCAUCUUGUCCUCUUAAAAAUAUUAGCUUAAAUUGUAUUUCUUUUGUCUAUUUCAAUUCAUUACUUGGAGGUAUAACAUGUAUUCGUAUUUCGAUACCUCAAUAAUUUGCCCUAAUAUUACUAUCCAGGUUUGUACUUGGCCUACAAUCCACCUGAUGCGCUUUCAGUGCCCUUUAAGUUAACCAGUUUUCCUGUAGCACGACCAUGAAAUUGGUCUCAAAACGGCUUCGUUCAUAAUCGAUUCUAGAACUGAUCUGUCCUCAAAUUACUCGUUGUUUUCGAAGGUCGAGGAUUGGCGCAUUGUCGCGGGUUUAAAAACCAUGGAAACCCCUUUUCUAUUGGUGUGAGUUUCGGUCUCACCAACUGACUUCAUCACUGCCUUUGUUCUUCACUAUGCGGCGUUGACAGUUGAGUCUGCUCUGGCGUGGUCGUUCUGCUUGGCCUUUAUCGAGUUGGUCUUAGUGUGGGAUCGCAUUAUUGAUCAGUUAGGCCCGCUAAACCCAUUCCACCUUCCCCUUUUCCCUCAACUUCAAAAAGUCGUACCCAGUGGGUGACAUGCAAUCCCGUAGGCGCCCAAGGAUAACUCGAAUGGCUUUCCCACUAAACUAAGCCGUGAUUCACAGUCGAGUUCGGACGCCGUCUGGGGUGUCUAAACAGCCCUAUUUAGGAAAAUCGCUGCUUACCCACUCGCGGAAAGGGGCUAGAAGAGGCGUCCUAUACAAAUGCUUGGAUCACGCCAUCUGAACGCUGGAUGUGGAUCUCAGAUUGAAAUUUCACGGUCGAAACAGAACAACGAACAUCAACAACAACCCUCGCGCCUACCCCCUUCGCUCCAACUCACAAGCUGCUGGAGUAACUCUGCUCACUCACGCGACCUAGAAUAUUCGCUCCCUUUAAGACAGUCCGCGGAGUAACCGCCUAGGAAGGAGGGUGCUAGUUGCUUGAGGACUGGCGUGCUACAAAGUGGACAUCGCUGUUCUCAAUGCAAUCCGAUUCUCCAAACAGUAUCAUUGGAGGUGGGUGGUAGCUACACCAUCUUCCGGGCGGCAGCUCAAAUGCAGAGCGAAGAUACGCUGGCGUCGCCUUUUUCAUGCGGAAGUACAUCGCAAAACGAUUGCCCUGUCUGCCGCAGGGCGUCGACGUCCGUCUCAUUACCCUGCGCCUGACUCUUCGGGGAUCCCAACUUUCCAUCAUUAUUAGCGCCUAUGCCCCCAAUGGUCAGUGUCGAUGAGGCGAAAAACAAAUUCUACACGCCCUCAUGACGACUGUACGGAAGGCGGAAAAGCCGAUUGCCCUUGGCAACUUAAAUGAUUGCAUCGGGAUUAAGUCAAGCUGCCUGAGAGAGAGAGAGAGUGCAUGGUCGCCGUGCGCUCAACGCUAAAACGACAACGGCCUUCUGCUUCUGCGAACCUGUGUAAGAAACUGUCUCCUCCUACCCAACACCUUCUGUCUGCCGACACGGCUUAGGGGAGUCUGGGUGCACCCUCAUUCGCGGCCCUGGCAACUUCUGGACAGGACGUGCUGGUAACCAAGGCGACCUGUGACACCGACGGCUGGGCAGGCCACCGCCACGUUAUCUCCAUAAUGAGGCUGCGACUCCAACCUCGCAGGUGCCCAUAAGGUAAUCAACCACUAGGUAAGUAAAUACUGCUAAAAAUCUGCCAAAACACCAACUAAUCAUGUGGGUCUGGUAGUCAUCUAGUGGAUUCUAUACUUAUUACUUAGGAAAUCCCGCUUGGACUUUCUGUUUACUUGAUGAGAUUUGGUUGGUUCCACACGAUUCAGUAGGCUGGGUGGAUAACUUGAUCCAAAUGUUAUUAAAUUCACGGCUCCCAGUGGGUUCUCGUAGCUCAGGUGGCUAGGGCAUUGGGUGUGCUAAAGCCGCCUUCUUGCUGUGGUUGGUUCGAAUCCCACCAAGGUCGCCGAGAUGUUCGCACUUGGACCAAAAUACAUUAUUCAAAAUCUGCCAAAGCACCUACUAGAUACUGUUCUGUUGAAUUUGUCUGCUCACCGCCUUGAUUUCAGCAGGUAUUUGGUCCCGCGCAUGGGAGACCUGCAGACUCCGGGUGAGGACACAACCAUGGAGACACAGUGUUGUCAACCGCGGAACACACUCCACUCCACCACCCUGUACAACCUCGGUGGCACAAAUCGUCAACACCAGGACUGGUUUGACGGCAGCGUCGCUGAAGUCAGCAAAAAGGCCUACAUCAGUUGCCGUACCGGCGCAAACAAAGUGGCCACCUUCAGAUUUCGCUGUCUCAUGCAGCAACGGCUGCGGGAAAUGAAAGAUGCGUGGAUGAACUGUAAGGCCGAGGAAAUACAAGGAUAUGCGGACCGCAUUGAAGCAAAGAAUUUCUUCGCAUUUAUCAAGACAGUCUACAGCCUAACAGACAAAUGAACCGGUCUGCUGCUCAAGUUCGACGGGCUAAGACUUAUUACUGAGAAAUUGUAAAAUCUGAAGCGUUGGGGCGGGAAUUUCCCAACCGGCCUCUACCGCCCAUCCAUAAUCACCGAUGUCGCUGUCGACCGGCUUCCCAGGUGUAAACGAACAACAACCUGGCCCAUUCGCCUUCCCUCCCAUAUCGUGACGAGCGCCCUGGGGCCAGCAUCGUCUACAGGUGCAACGACCAGCUCCCCAACACUUGACUAGUGCAAGCAACCACGCGGACUUCAAUAGCCACUGUUUACGAACUCCUUUUCACGUACGACUGUGCACUCACUGCCACGACGGAAGCAGCCAUGCAGAGAAGCAUGGACCUUUACAUCUCCGGCUGACCAUUAUGACGGAAAAAAAACACCAGAGAAGGAAAUCACUACGCCUAGUAUCGACGUGAAUGGAACUCGACUCACAUCUAUGUGCAAGUUCUGCUACCUUGGGAGCACCAAGAUAGACAACGAAGUGGCCCACCGGAUGCCCAAAGUUAGCUAGGCCUUCAGCAGGUUGCAGGUCGCCGUCUGUAACUGCCACAGAGUUCGAAUCAACAGGUAGUUCAGAAUGUAAGGAGUGGUAGCUCUGACAACGCAACUAUACGGACGUAGACAUGGACCGUCUACGCCAGUCCAGCCAGGAAACAUAGUCACUUACACCUCACCUUUCGCCGGAGAAUACUAAACCUGGGGUGGAAGAACAGGAUACCAGUUGCAUAAAUCUUGGAACAGAUCGUAUUUCUUACCAUUCUCAUCUUGCUGAGGCAACUAUAACUGUGCUGGGGCUGCAACCCCGUGAGGAUAGACGACGAACGAUAACCCAACGACUCUUCUGUGGAGACGUCGCUACGGGCGCUGGCCGACAAGGUCGGCAAACCGGACGCUACAAAUACACCAUGAAGAACUAUCUCGAGCCCUUUCAAAUAAAACCGGAGACAUGGAAUGGGGGAACCUCGCCGAGGACUAACCAGCUAGGAGAUGAUCAAUUAUGACUGGCGCAGCACUCCAGGAAGAAACCCGGAUCGCUGCUGUCAAAGCCUAAAGAACGCUUUGCAAGUCACGAGGUCCGCGGACUCUUAAGCCAAACACCGCACCAUUUCCAAACUGCCCACACUGUCAACGAACGUUCGACGCAUCGAUCGGUCUCGUCACACAUCUCCAUACUCGAUGCAAUAGCCACGCUCCAAAUCCACCCUCAGCCUCCUCACACGCCGCCAUCGUCAUUACUCCCAUAACCUCCACGACUGCGACCAUUAUCACCACCGGUGCGCGCUCUCCCGCUGCCCUGCCACACAGUACCCCCAUUAUCCCUGCCACAACCCCCGCAACGAUGACUACCACCCCUCCUACUUCCACCGGCAGUGAGAACACUCCAGAAGUCACGUCAACCAUCACCCUCAUCACCGUCGCCACCACCAGCAACGUGGGCUUGAUCCCAACAUUCUUCGCUGAGGCUUCACCUUCCCAUCGCGCAUUAGUCCAGUCGGUCACUUGUGAAUCCAUCGCACCGAGACCGGCGGACCAGUACCAGGAGCCCCGACAUACAUCUGCCUUAACUGUCCUCACCAUCCGUGGACAUUCGGUCAUCAUGUGUACCUACUCAGCCAGAUGCGCAUCCAAAACAUCGAAAUUCGCCUCAGUGUCAACAUGCCAAGCCCACCUUACACAUCCGACAACUAUCCCAUCUCCAGCAUCACCACGCUCCCCUCCAUCAGCAUUUCUACCACUAGCAACAUCAUCAUCACAACCGACACGGACGCUAGCAAACUGUCCCGCCCGUAUUGCCACCGCAUAUGCACAUCGACCUAUUCGGCCACUUGCGAAUCCAUCAAAUACAGACUAG